CACCUUCCAACUCUCCCGCUCCCCCCCAUCUCCACCCACCCACCACCCCAUGUAAAUUUCAUGAUUGCUUUCCGUGAUGUCAUUUUGAAAAGAGACAGACAAUAGGCUGUGAGCAAAGAAAAUGAGUUCCGAGGCAAACUGCUGAGUCAAAGGUGGACCCGUGGAGAAAAGAUCAGCAGUUGCGAGACAGCCAAAGGCCUCCACAGCAAGCACAUCAAGAUGAGUUUAGAGAAUGACGAUAAGCGAGCACGUACACGAUCAAAGGCAAUCAGAGUACCUACAGAACUCAUUGGCCAGGAGGUGAGCUGCCCUACCCCAGGAUGUAACGGAUCGGGACACAUCCGGGGGAAGUACGCAAGACACAGGAGUUUACAAAGUUGCCCCCUCGCAAAGAAGAGGAAACUUCAAGGUGCAGAAGCAGAACAUUUGGCAUCCAAAAGGAAAUCUCAGCCGCUUAAGCUAGCCCUCGAUGAAGGCUACAGCAUUGACAGCGAUGGCAGCGAAGAGGCAGAAGCGAAAGAGGAGUCUGUGACGGACGACUCCGAGGGCACGCUGGAGGAGGAAGAGGCAGAAGCAAUAGACCAAGAGGAGGCCUGCAGCAGUUGUCCACCGGAAGAAGGCCAAAUAUCAGAAGGAACUCUUGCAGCCAAGGGGCAGGUGUCCAAAAGCGAAGGACAGGUCUCCAACACUGAGGAGGACGUGCACUUGCUACAAGAAGGAGCAGAAGAGGAGGUAGUUGAGGAGGAAUGUGAAAAGGAGAUCAUCAUCCAAACGGAGGAUGCGGAGGAAGUCAUUGAGGUCACCAGUGAGCGCAGCAGCGAUUUGUGCCUGGAACAUCGGGAUGAUGAGGUGAGCUUUGAGGAAUCUUGCAAAUUGCAAAAGGCGGAGGAAGACGAGGAGGAGGAGGAGGAAGAAGAAGACAAUGAAGAGGAGGAGGAGGAGGAGGAAGAUGAAGAGUAUGAGGAAGAAGAGGAAGAGGAGGAGGAAGAAGAGGAAGAGGAGGAGGAGGAGACAUCAACUGCAGUGAUCUGUGAAGAAGCUCCUCACACAUCUCAGGACUCCCCAAAAACCCACUGUGAAGGACAGAUAGUCGGCCCCAAGCCUGAGUAUUCUGUCAUUGUGGAGGUGAGAUCAGACGAUGACAAGGACGAUGAUUCCCACUCCCAGAAAUCCACUGUGACUGAUGAAUCUGAGAUGUAUGACAUGAUGACCCGGGGGAACCUGGGUCUCUUGGAACAGGCCAUUGCUCUGAAAGCUGAACAGGUUAAGGUUGUGAGAGAGCCUGGCCAGCAGCUGGCCGGGGAGCAUGUGAAACUUUUCCAGGUCGAGGACAAGCAAAACAAAGCCCUGGACUCCAUCAGAAAGAGCUACUACAGCAAAGAUCCUUCAAGACCCGAGAAGCGAGAAAUCAAAUGCCCAACCCCUGGCUGUGAUGGCACAGGGCAUGUCACAGGGCUGUACCCUCACCACCGCAGUUUGUCUGGCUGCCCGCACAAAGACAGGAUCCCUCCUGAGAUCUUGGCCAUGCACGAGAAUGUAUUAAAAUGCCCGACGCCGGGGUGCACCGGACAAGGCCACGUGAACAGCAACCGCAACACUCACCGAAGCUUAUCCGGGUGCCCCAUCGCAGCUGCUGAAAAACUAGCCAAAUCUCACGAGAAGCAGCAGCCCCCAACUGGUGACCCAUCAAAGAACAGCUCAAAUUCUGAUCGGAUACUCAGGCCGAUGUGCUUUGUGAAGCAACUGGAGGUGCCUCAGUACGGGAGCUACAGGCCCAAUAUGGUUCCUGCCACGCCAAGGGCCAACUUGGCCAAGGAGCUGGAGAAGUACUCCAAGGUCACCUUCGAUUAUGCAAGUUUUGAUGCUCAGGUUUUUGGCAAACGCAUGCUUGCCCCAAAGAUUCAGACUAGCGAAACCUCACCUAAAGCCUUUAAAUGCUUCGACUAUUCCCACGAUGCGGAAGCUGCGCAUAUGGCUGCCACUGCCAUUUUGAACCUCUCCACUCGCUGCUGGGAAAUGCCUGAGAAUCUCAGCACCAAGCAGCAAGAUCUCCCCAGCAAGUCGAUGGACAUUGAAGUGGAUGAAAACGGGACUCUGGAUUUAAGCAUGAACAAGCACCGGAAACGGGACAGCGCCUUCCCCAGCAGCAGCAGCUGCAGCAGUAGCCCCAGCAUCAAAUCCCCAGAUAUAUCCCAACGCCAAAACAGCACCAGUGCCACAAGCAGCACCAUGACCUCACCCCAGUCCAGCCACACGUCCCGCCAAGAUGAAUGGGAUGGCCCCAUUGACUACACCAAACCAAAUCGGCAGCGAGAAGAGGAGCCAGAAGAGUCAGAGGCCGCCCUACGUUCCUUCGCCUCUUCUGAAGUAGAUGACCAAGAAGUACCCGAAGAAAACUUUGAAGAAAGGAAGUAUCCUGGGGAAAUCACCUUAACCAACUUCAAACUCAAAUUCCUUUCCAAGGAGAUCAAGAAAGAGCUACUUACUUGCCCUACCCCAGGCUGUGAUGGGAGCGGACACAUCACGGGGAAUUAUGCCUCUCACCGCAGCCUUUCUGGUUGCCCUCUUGCUGACAAGAGCCUCAGAAAUCUCAUGGCUGCCCAUUCUGCUGACCUCAAGUGCCCAACGCCCGGCUGUGACGGCUCCGGCCACAUAACAGGAAAUUAUGCAUCACACAGGAGUCUGUCGGGCUGCCCUCGUGCCAAGAAAAGUGGGAUCAAGAUCACCCCCACCAAGGAUGACAAAGAGGACCCAGAGCUGAUGAAGUGCCCUGUUCCCGGUUGUGUUGGCCUCGGACACAUCAGUGGCAAAUAUGCCUCGCAUCGCAGUGCCUCGGGGUGCCCCCUCGCAGCCCGGAGGCAGAAAGAAGGGUCUCUCAAUGGUUCGUCCUUUUCAUGGAAGUCACUCAAGAACGAGGGUCCCACUUGUCCAACCCCAGGUUGUGAUGGCUCAGGUCACGCAAAUGGAAGCUUCCUCACUCACAGAAGCCUGUCGGGGUGUCCAAGAGCUACUUUUGCUGGGAAAAAGGGGAAAAUCUCAGGGGAUGAAAUUCUCAACGCUAAAUUCAAGACCAGCGAUGUUCUAGAGAAUGACGAAGAAAUUAAGCAGUUAAACAAAGAGAUUAGUGAGCUGAAUGAAUCCAACACUGAGAUGGAAGCAGCCAUGGUGAAGCUGCAGUCACAGAUCUCAAGCAUGGAGAAGAACCUCAAGAACAUUGAGGAGGAGAACAAGAUUAUAGAGGAGCAGAACGAAGCCCUCUUCCUUGAGCUCUCAGGGCUGAGCCAGACUCUUAUCCAAAGUCUUGCCAAUAUCCGCCUUCCACACAUGGAGCCAAUCAGUGAGCAGAACUUUGAUGCGUACGUCAACACCCUUACUGACAUGUACACGAACCAGGAAUGCUACCAGAAUCCUGAGAACAAGGACCUGCUGGAAAGCAUCAAACAGGCCAUUAAAGGAAUUCAGGUCUAA